UUCAAUCAGCCCAUCGUCCGACGAAGCACGUGAACUGCCAAUGAACAGCCAGAACAGCCAUGGCAGAUCGAAACGCACGAUCGGCCCCGGUGGCUGCAGUACGGAUUCGCCCGUGGCUGAAGAAUGAACAGGAUCUUCCUGAACGCCUCGCCGUGCCACCCCGCAACCCCCGCACCACCGUGCGCGGCCCCACGCGCGCCACCGCGCCACGCGCGGCCGCGCCGACUGCCGAUGCGCGGCGUCGAGGGGCACGAGCAGCACAGAGGGUGGCGGUGGCGUAUGGUGGCGAGACCUAUCCGGCGCACUAUAUCUUUGGGCCUCAGCAUUCACAGCAGGCCGUCUACAAGGAGCUGCUGACGAAGCUCAUCGGUGAAGCCAUUGCCUCGAACGCCAGUGGCACAGUGAUCGCCUGUGGACCACCAAUGAGCGGCAAGAGCCACACCUUGCUAGGCUACGGCUCAGAGUUUGGGCUGGUGCCCCAUGCGACCCUGGACAUUUUUCGAGCUGCAGAAGCGACCAAGAAGCUCAAAGUGUGGUGCUCCUACUUUGAGUUACACCACGAGGUGGUGGACUUGUUAGCUCCGCUUCCUCCAACGCCCAGCGCAGAUGUGGAGUUAGUCGAGCUGCGGGGCGCUGGGGCGCAGGUGUGUGGCCUCCAGGAGCCCUUGGUGCAGUCCAUCGAAGAGGUCCAGGCGCUGGUGGACUACGGGAACCAACGCCGCGCGGCCAACGAAAAGCUUCUAGGAGUUCACGGGAACGCUCACACGGUCUUCGUGUUCCACCUGGCCAUCGAUGAGGAUCCACACGGAGACGGUCGCGAGCCGCUGAGUGGCUCGCCGGCUUCGCCGGUGGAGCGGCGUGUUCGCUCGAAGAUCACCUUUGUGGACUGUGCCAGUUCCAACGGCUUCAAGGACACCUCCCUGCAGGGCUUGUCUGAAUCCUUGAAGGACCAGGCGUCCGGAGGUGUUCGCGCCAAGGGCUUGGGCAAGGCCUUCUUCCGCCGAAGCCUCUUGACCCAACUCUUGGAGGAUGCGCUUUGUGGCCGAGAGCAGCUGGUACUCCUGGCCACUGCCUCUCCAGGCGGAGGGGAGCAGAUGGGAGACUACUUGGAGAUGGUGCGACAUCUCACACAGGUGGCGGAACAGGAGAAACGUGCGCCUAUGGAGGGAACUCCGAGCCGAAUGGACUGCUUGGGGCAUCUGCAAGUGGAGAUCGAAGCACUUUCCAUGGAGGGCCCUCCCAGCGAGAGCAAGGAAGCCCGCUUGGCGGCGCUGCAGCGCGUGCUGGCCGAGCGGUCCUUGCGCGAGGCGCCGGAGGCCUUCCAGGUUCAACAGUUGGUGGCACUGCGCCAAGCGCAAGAGGCUUCACUGGCAGCAUGGGGUUUUGCAUGCGAGGAGGACUUGGCUGCAGCGCCAUGUUAUUUGUUACGCCUGCAUGGAGAUCCCAUGCUCACGGGCUGCCUGGCCUACGUGAUCACCGGUUCCCGAAUCCUUGGCUCUUCCGGGGACAUCUUCCUGCAGGGUUUGGGUAUUGCCCCACAGCACUGCCACAUUGCAGAGCACAGCGGCGGCCUUUGGCUAACGAAUUUGUGCUCGGAGCCACACCGUGUCUUCCUGAACGGCAAGAGCAUGGAGGCCACCAGCCCAGCUGAGCCUUUGAAACAUGGUGAUCGCAUACAACUGGGAUGUGCACUUGAGAUGCUGGUGGUGAUGAAUGAGAACUUGAAGAAUUUGGAUCUGGAAGCACUGGAAGCUGGAGAUUUGUGGAGCCGACCUUUGGAUGCUUUGGUCCAACAAGCCAACGAGCUCUUGAAGGAGUUGGAACUUCUCCAAGUCUCCAAUCAGCACAGCCAUUUCGAAGUCCCCGAAGUCGAUGGUGGAGCCUCUCCGGUGCGCUUUGUGCGCUGGGAGCACUCGGAGCGGGAGUCUGGCGAGGUGCUGGCAAGCUUCGAGGUGCCGUUGGAGGAGUUCCAGUCCGAAGUCAAGCGACUGCAGGAGUUGUAUCGCUCUCCUCGCAAAUCAGACGCACCCAAAGAGAGCCCGGACACAGCGAGCCACCGCACUGAUACAGCGAGCCACCGCGUUGACAGCACCAGAGAAGGGCUGCAGGCUGGACGGCCGGAGCUGGCCGAGCUCGCGCAGGUGGAGAGUGCCUUGUGGCACAAGGAGAAGGCGGUGGCCGCGUCCAUCCGACGGGCCCACAGCCUCUCCCAGUGUAUCGGGGAAACAGUCUCUGCUUUGCAGGAGACGGUGGCGGAUCUGCGGCGUGGGGCGGCUGGCGCCUUCACACCGGUAGAGGCGUUUGAGAAGCUUCAGGAUGAGAACCAGGAUUUGAAGCAGAGGUCUGACUGAGAUGGGUCCGGAGGAAAGAGCAUGGGUCCGGGUUCUGAAAUGAGAUGGGAACCGCAUGGGAACUGCUAAGAAACGAUCGUCCUUUCUUGAUUUUUUGUGUCUCGAUGUAGGUUGGAUCUUCCAGUAAGUAGCAUGUGCUCGUGUUUUGUGUCCGAAGAUCCUUUUUGGGGAUUGUCUUGGAUAAGAGGUUCGGGGAAGUUUGUUUGGGGAGUGGAGUGGAGUCAAGAUAGCUCCAUCUCAUCAUGGGAGGGUUCUUGUUAGGUGGAUGGGGUCCUUGGGUGGUCCUAGGAUGAUCGCUGAUAUAUCCCAACCUCAACGAGUUGGGAGCCCUACCCGUUGUGGUAUUGGUUCUUCUCUUCGUGUUCGGGUCUUAGACGCGAUGUUCAAGCCCCCGGGUAUGGCCAUCCUGACACAUCAUGACACUAUGAUAUUUGGAUUUGAGUUCUGAAGUUUUUCUUUGGGGUAUAUAUCACCUGUUGUCUUUCACAUGUCAUGUCUUUCUUUUUUAUGAACUGACUGGUCCGUGCCGUGUUUGGUGUCUUGUUGAGCUUCUCCCAUCCAGGUUAGCACGCCUGGAGAGCCACUGGGCUGAGACCUGGAAACCCAGUUCGCAGCGGAGCAGUGCGGCGGUGCCCUCCGAGCCCUCCACCGCCAGUGCUCUGAGCGCGGCGACCUCGGUCGAUCGGCUGCGCAGCGCACGGCCCCGCGCCGUCCCACGGCCGAGUGUGGUGGUGCGCAGCGGGCGGAUGAGCUCACCGGUGCCGACACGAGCAGAGCCUGUGGCGGGUCCCUACCUGAUGCGGCGCACCUUGCCGGUGCCCCUCCUUCGGCACGCUACAGAGGUGUCACAGCUUCGAGUACCACAUCCGGACGCAGACACAAUGUACAUGCCGGUGCAAAGAGUACACCAGGCGGCAGGCUAUUUGAUUUACACCCGCCCCUCAAAGUAGAAAGUCGAGAUUCAAUCUGCGAAGGU